AUGAGCGGGAUUUAUUUGUACAGCAAGUAUGCAGACUUUCAUUGUUGUUCUGUAGUUAACAUCAGUUCCAGCAUUAGCUUAGCAUAAAACGCUAGAAAAGUAUCUUUCCAGAUAUAUUCAUCGAGGGCUAAGAGCUUAUGUUCGAAAUUAUCCAUCAAAGUUAUUCAUGGAGUAACGAGUAUGCCAAGUUCGGAUGACAAAAGAGAGGUUUACUAAUUUAAUCAAAGGAUUCAUGGCUGCUUCUAUCCGGUUAGGGCAUCACGAACUGCGACAAUAAUACCUGAUUCCGUUAAUACGCACCACAACUAGAUUUAUUUUUCAUUAAUCCUAUUUCAGAUUAAAGAAGAUAUGGAGUAUCGUGUAUAUUCUGCUCGGUGGGUUUUUAUGGCAAUAACUUCAAUUCAUGUAUUUUGCGUUAUUUUUAUGAUGUACUGCUAUGCCGGUAUAAAUACCGUUAUCACGGCUUAUUUCCAAACCACGCCAUUUUUUAUCGAUCUUCUCGCGACAUGGGCAAUAUUUAUGUCUGCUGUUAGCCUUCCUGUGCUGGCUUUAUUCAAAGACAAUUCUAGCUUGAGAAAUCAAAUUCUUUCAACGAUCGCCUGUAUCAUAAUAGGUUCAAUAUUUGGAGCAAUCGGUUUCAGCAACAGAAAAUGGUUCUAUGUCGUGUUGGGCAGUCAAACAUUUUUCGGAAUUUCGUCUGCGAUCAACCUCGUAAUUCAAAUUUCACUUCCUGCAAAUUGGUUUCCGGCGCACGAAUCAGCAACGGUCGUUGGAGUGUUUUGGGCAUCGUGUUCUCUGGGACAAGCAGCAGCAGCUGGAAUAUUACCAUUCAUAAUUGGUUCACUGGACGCGACUGAACCCGAAUCUACCUUCUUGAAAGUUAAAUUGGUAUUUCUCAUUGUAAACGGUGGCAUUGCGUUUCUGCACUUAUUAACAGGCAUACUGUCCUGGUUUUAUCUGGCAGACCAUCCACCUAGUCCUCCGAGUGCAUCACAACAAUACAUCUUGAAACAGAAAACCAAUCAAAAAUCACCAAAUACUGAAAUGCUGAUUUCAAACAUCAAGCCUAUUGCAAAAGUGCAUCGUAAUCGCGAAUACUCUCUCCUUACAUUAGCCCACUUGCUUGCUUUUUCAGUGGUGAUACUCACAAAAAUAUUGGUUACAUCUGUUUUCCUGGAAACAUUCAGCAGCAUCACUGACGAUGACGUAGCUGGGAUUCGCCUAAUCGGACUAUUGGCUUCUGUUCCUGCUUCAAUUGCAGUUGGAAAGAUUAUCGACAAAACAAAGAAUUUCAAGGAGCUCACACUGACAGCUCACAUUUGCUUAACCGUAGCGUGUGCAGGGAUCGUCGCUGGGCAUCGCUUCAAAAAUUUUGUUUGUCUUGCUGUUUUGUAUCCAGUGGCCAUGAUUCUACAAAUGUUUUCUAACGUUACACUUAUAGAAUUUAUGAUCGAAACAACAUAUCCGAUGGACAAGAUUGUAUUAGUGACAUCACACUACUUUGUGGCUGAAAUGGGAUUAUUUCUGCUCAGUUCUGGUAUUCGAUAUACUUUGCAGAAUUACGGAGUUCUUGCUGCAGUUAGUACUGUCCUUGUUAUAUGUGCAAUAUCUGUGUUGGUUCUUUUUUCUGUUAGACCGAAUUAUAACAGAUUAAACACAGACAUGGAUAAGGGCGAUUGCCGCGACAAAAUGAUAGAUGAAACACGGAUACUUUUACGAGAAGGACAAAAUUGACGAAAAAUAUAAAUUUAAAAUAAAUAGCACCGGGCCUCAUAUGCUGUCCUAGAGCGAUAAUUUUUGUAUUUAUUGAAUAAUAAGUAAAUCGUUUUCGAAUCAGUUGUUGUAAUAGCAAUGUUGCCCUAUAAUCCGUGUUGUUUUUUUUUCACCAAUGGACAUUCAUACAGACAUUUUUAGCAGCACUAACCGAUAUUUAACAACACGGACAUUUGCACUUAUAAAUGUUUAUUUACUCGCGAACAUUUUUAUUCACGAAUAUUCUUGACCACAAUAUUUUCAUUCUAUUUUUUUUUCUAAUAAUUACACUUUAUCUGGGUUAAGUUUAGAACACUGUGAAUGACUCUUUGCACAAGUCAGUGAAUUUACGAGGCCAAUAUACCAGUGCUUUUGCCGCCUAGUAAUGGACAUUCCAAUUCUAUAACUAUAUAACUCACUCUUUAAACACCUAUACGUGAUUCAUUUGAACUUCCAUCCAUCUACUUCAGGGGUCGGCAACCUAUAACUAUAGGAAUGGCGGAAUCGAGUCUGAAUUCGAUUAUAGAAUCGAUUCUCCGCGGAAUCGACUAGAAUCGAUUCCGAUGCAUUGGAAUCGAUUCUCAAGGGGAAAACUUGGAUUGCAAACAAUGUGUAACGUUUUGUGGCUUCAUAUAUAUAUAUGCAUAAAUUGCUUUACUGAUAUGCUGAGCUGCUACGACAUCGCAAACUACACUAAAUAUAUGUAUUUUUCACUAGAAGGCUUUUACGCUUAUUUAUUUUUAAAAAUCUCUGUGAGUUCUUAGGGAUUCGUUUUUUUUGUGCGAUUUUGUCUUCCGUGACAGGUUGAACACCCAUACUACUUGGUUUUGGCUUUCUUGUCCGUUCAUAUAUUUGAACAUCGCUCCCGUGUUUUAUUUCAUAUGGUAUUGUUUAGGUGGGUAUGUUUUCUCGGUAAGAUAUGUCGAGGAAUCGAGAUUCUUAAUCGAGAAUCGAAAAUUUAGGAAUCGGAUAAGAAUCGAAUACUUGUAAGUAGUAGUCAUUCUUAGCAUCCUUAACCUAUAGUAAUAUAAUCCGGCCCGCGACGCUUCGCUGAAUUAUUGUAACAAAACAGCCGUUUUGACGAUUACGUUCUUUAGACUAA